AUGUCAUUGCGUCAAUGUCAUCCUGUCAAAAAAUUCAGCCAUAACAGUCAGGCCUCUCUGGGGUUUGUGAUUCGUGAUCAUCUGGGGGAAGUUAUUCUGGCUGGUUUAAAUUCGUUAGGGUGUUGUACUUCUAUCCUUCAAGCGGAAGCUUGGGGGUUGCUUGAAGCUGUGCGGGGUGCCUAUUCCCUGAAUCUUUCCAAUGUCAUGAUUGAGGGAGAUAAGUUUGCAGUCAUUAACACGGUCAAUAAGAUUUGGCAUAUUCCAUGGAAAAUUGACAAUAUUAUUUGUAAUGUUGGUAUGGAGCUUUUGAAGUUCAAUUCGGUUUAUGUGAAGCAUUGCUUUCGGGAGGCUAAUCGAGCGGCGAAUUUCAUGGCUCAUCGGGGUCAUGCUGUUUCCUCCUUGUGUUUUAGUUUCCCUCCUUAUGAUAUGGAUUUUUCUCUCCUCAUCCGCAAGGAUGUUUUAGGCUGGCCACCGGACUAG